GCGCUGCUUCCGGGUGGGCCCGGGGCCGAGGCGAUGGCGCCCUGGGCGCUCCUCAGCCCGGGGGUCCUCGUGCGCUCCGGGCACACCGUGCUGACCUGGGGGAUCACGCUGGUGCUCUUCCUGCACGAUACCGCACUGCGGCAGUGGGAAGAACAAGGGGAGCUGCUCCCGCCCCUCACCUUCCUGCUGCUCGUGCUGGGCUCCCUGCUGCUCUACCUGGCCGUGUCGCUCAUGGACCCAGGCUAUGUGAACAUCCAGCCCCAGCCCCAGGAGGAGGUCAAGGAGGAGCAGACGGCCAUGGUUCCUCAGGCCGUCCCUCUUCGGCGCUGCAGACACUGCCUGGUGCUGCAGCCCCUGCGGGCCCGGCACUGCCGUGAAUGCCGCCGCUGCGUCCGCCGCUAUGACCACCACUGCCCCUGGAUGGAGAACUGCGUGGGGGAGCGCAACCACCCGCUCUUCAUGGCCUACCUGGCGCUGCAGCUGGUGGUGCUCCUGUGGGGGCUGUACCUGGCAUGGUCUGGCCUCCGGUUCUUCCAGCCCUGGGGGCUGUGGCUGCGGUCUGUCGGGCUCCUGUUCGCCACCUUCCUGCUGCUGUUGCUCUUCUCGUUGGUGGCCGGCCUGCUCCUGGCCUCACAUCUCUACCUGGUGGCCAGCAACACCACCACCUGGGAGUUCAUCUCCUCACACCGCAUUGCCUACCUCCGCCAGCGCCCCGGCAACCCCUUUGACCGUGGCCUGAUCCGAAACCUCGCCCACUUCUUCUGCGGGUGGCCUUCAGGGUCCUGGGAGACCCUCUGGGCCGAGGAGGAAGAGGAAGGCAGCACCCAGGCAGCUUAGGGGCGCUGGAGGUGGCACUGCCACCUUGUGCCUGAAAACCAGAGGGUGCGCCCAGCCUGGAGCUCCCCACUUUGGGCCCGCUCUACCGGGCCUAGGAGCAGAGCAGUGAGAGAGGCCCCUGCCUCAGUGGGUGGGACCACCCUCCAAAGAAAGAAGGGGAGGAGGAAGAUGUGUAGGGGUUUUGGACAUAAACCAGCCGGGCUUUUGAGACAGCCCCCCGCUCAAGCCAGGCUGCCUCCAGUGCGGUUUUAUAAAUUUAAUAACCCACAAAGCAAGUCAAGUAUUAAAAAACACAACCAAACCACUCCUUGCUGUGCCCCCCUUUCUGGUCCGGGUCUCUC